GACAGUAAAGGGAAAUCUUUUGGGUGAAUUGGUUGGUACUUUGGUUAGCCCUCGCGAACUCCAAUCGCGUUCUUCCCUGUUAACAAAAUCCACUUGUAACGCUGUGUGUAUACAACAAGUUUGGUUCGUGUAGAUAUUCGAUGAUCCUUGUUCUACGCCUGUUACUCGGUUUCGGUUAACAUUUCGAUUGCUUUGUUGGAAAUUGAGACAAUACACUUGAAGAAACAUCCAAGGUUUCCCUACAAUCAUGGACUACUAGGAUAUGCCCAAGGACUACUUUGAUCUGGUUUCAAUGUGAGCAGCUUCGUGAGUUGUAUCGCUUCCUGGAUAUUUAGCGAUUCGAUAGGAGACUGAGGCGGCUGGUCGUGUGUCCUUGGACUUUUACGGACUGUAGUGUGCGCAUUGCGUUGGUGGACUGAAAUCGAUCUGAAUAGAAGAUCAAGACCUCCCCUGGAUUAAAUUAUUGCAUGGACGGGACGGAACGGGACACUAGUGUGAAAGCAAAACUGGUAGAAAUGCUAAUGAGACAAGUGCGACUCAGCGAAGACUAAUCUGCGUGAAUGCCCACGUCAAUUAGCGUGUAAACAACGAGCCUUGUUCAGGUGUUUGAGGAUAAGCUGCAGCGAAGUGAAUGGCGAGAAUCGCAGAGACGAUCGGGUCUCCUUUGCGUGUGGCAAACUGGUUGAGAAUAUCGUACUGAGCGUGCAGCGAGCGAGUGGAAUAAGCAGCAGGGCAGCAGAGGAGCGCAAAUUUGCGAUUUUUGGCUCGCACUUGAAACGACAGCCGCAGAACGAAAUAGAAGCACCGCGGAAUCCCCCCGAAUUGGAAAACAAUAACACAAAUAGUACCUAGUGCUGGCACAUGUACGGAACGGAUAUUGACGCGAUUGGUUCGUGUGCUGAGCUCUCGCAAACUUCAAAUGGUCACACCGCAGUUUGGUCGUUUCGACAGUUCACAGGGGGUGAAUAUUAAUAAAUUACGACUGUAUGAACGAAAAUGUGCUAGAAGAGGGUAGAAGAACGGUGAGUUAGAUCGAAGAAAAGUCUUGAAAUUGACAUUGAACGUGAAAUAGUUCCACCUCGGGAAAGUGUUGGGAAAGGGUAUGAUCAAGGUGAAGGACGAAGAAGAAAUGAGUUGGAAGUGAGCGCGCAGAAGGCCUUGAGUCGGACUGUGAAGGAUACGUUCAAGGACCAACGUCAUAGCAACCAGCACGCGAGCUUGCUCAAGUGAGAACCCUAUUACACAGCAGGUCCAUGGCUUGCUGAGAGUGCGUUCGGUCGCGUUAACGCCAGUAACCGAAGGUCCUGUGCGUUGUAAUGCGAAGGAAUAAGGAGUACCCAGUGCCACAGUUUAGCGGUGGCUGCUCUUCCGUUUUGUGAUACCGCCCCACUUCUAGGGGUGUAUGAGUGAGUGCUUAUCGGCGCAAAGGAGCGACUUUGGCUGUUGUUUUCGAUUCGUGAGUGACUUCGCUCUCUCCCUCAGUGUCAGUGACACAUAUAUACGCCUGCUUUGGGUUCCGUUCUACAUGUACGUGCUCCCCCGACCCAGUAGGCUGGCUGGCUGGUUCAGUGUGUUUAUGUGCUGGUUUUAUUUUCGUGUUUAAUGCGUGAUUUACAAGUCAACAGCACUCUGGCCAGCGAGAGAUGUGUAUGUUUUGGUGUACACACUGACAGCGACGACGACGACGAUAGAUUUUAUUUUGAGUUUCCGAAAAUAUUGACCUUGAACUCGCGCGCCUCGGUUCGCACAUCGGAGCAGGCCAAGCAAGAAGGGGAGCAAAAAAUAAAACAACAAAAGCACACAAAGUAUGGUGAAAAUAUUCGAUUUAUCCGUGUGCCUACUGCGAUGUGGUGGUGAGUGAGGUGAGAAAGAACUCUCUAUGUGUUUGAUGUUCAAUUAUUUUUGCCGAACCGAAACGAAGGCCAAGUUCAGCUCCUUAUUUUCACGAAACGCCACCAAUUUAUCGAUAAUUCAUUCAAGCUCGUGGAAGUGAAAGAGGGAAAAGGAGAAUGUAGAAUAGUGUGUCGCUCGGUCAAAGCUAGUGUCGGUGUGCUAAUUACAGAUCAGAAUAACCGGAGAAAAUGCAGUGCUUAAACAAACUCACUCAGGACGAAAAAGACUCGCUGGAAAUAAGGACAUUUGUAAUCGGUGAUAACCAACGAAUAAUGUAUUCACCACGCAAUGUGGAUUGUAAGAAAACUGUAAAACUAGAAAUUGCCAGUGGCCUCAAUCAGGCGCCGAUGUCAUCAUCCAUGGUGACAUCAAAUGGCCACCAUCAGCUUGGGCAGGAUCGGGCUAGGAUUCAAAUAAUUGCAAAGCCUUCGAACAAACCGUGCGAGAACGUGGCGCCUGUCCAGGCUCAAGAAGUGCACGUCAUUCGGGAUGGACGAUUCUACGAUCUUCAGCACAACCAUGCGUCUCCAUCGCACCAUCAUCACCUCCAGGAGCCUUCCCAUCGUCCGGUGCUGUCGUCCUCUCCAAACUCUAACGGUCUAAUCAUAACCAAUGCCGGCAGUAGUGCAAAUGAUACCGGCAAUCCUCCAAGCCGACAGCCACCCCCACUGCACCAUCCUGUCUCCACCAACACAAUCAUAGUGGAUGCUCCUCCGCAUUCGGCAGUGUCGAGCAGUAAACAGCAUUUGCCCCCACCUCCAGCGACGCUAAUGAUCGUUCAGCAGCAACAUCAGCAUCAGCAUCAGCAGCAGCAGCAACAUCACCACGUGACCUCAAUGCAGCCUCCACCACCACCCCCUCCAGUGGGUGCCGGAAGUAUGGGUGGUAAUGGAGGCGCCGGGAUGAUGGCCAAGAUGAAGAGCGCACAUGAGGAGCCUUCCAGUUCGAUGCCCGACCUAGAAUUCGACGGAACCACCGUACUGUGCCGUGUGUGCGGUGAUAAAGCUUCCGGCUUCCACUACGGUGUGCACUCCUGCGAAGGCUGCAAGGGUUUCUUCAGGCGCUCGAUCCAGCAGAAAAUUCAGUAUCGCCCUUGUACUAAAAACCAGCAGUGUAGUAUACUCCGAAUAAACCGUAAUCGCUGCCAGUAUUGUAGGCUGAAAAAAUGCAUCGCCGUUGGAAUGAGUCGCGACGCGGUCAGAUUCGGUCGUGUGCCGAAGCGCGAAAAGGCCCGCAUCCUGGCGGCCAUGCAGCAAAGCACGCAGAACCGAGGGAACCAGCGGGCACUGGCCACCGAGCUGGACGAUCAGCCCCGUCUGCUGGCGGCCGUCCUCCGAGCGCACAUGGACACGUGUGAGUUCACGCGUGAGAAGGUCACUUCGAUGCGGCAACGUGCUCGCGACUGCCCUACCUACUCGAUGCCUACUUUGGCAUGCCCACUGAACCCAGCGCCGGAGCUACAAUCAGAGCAGGAGUUCAGCCAACGCUUCGCGCAUGUAAUUCGUGGCGUGAUUGACUUUGCCGGUAUGAUCCCCGGCUUCCAGAUGCUGACCCAGGACGAUAAGUUCACCCUGCUGAAGGCCGGCCUGUUCGAUGCGCUGUUCGUGCGUCUGAUUUGCAUGUUCGACUCGCAGAUCAACUCGAUCAUCUGCCUGAAUGGGCAGGUGAUGCGCCGCGAUACGAUUCAGAACGGUGCCAACGCACGUUUCCUGGUCGAUUCGACGUUCAACUUUGCCGAACGAAUGAACUCGAUGAAUCUGACGGACGCGGAAAUCGGUCUGUUCUGUGCCAUUGUGUUGAUCACGCCCGACCGACCGGGACUGCGGAAUGUGGAGUUGAUCGAACGCAUGUACUCCAAGCUGAAGGCUUGCCUGCAGUCGAUCGUAUCGCAAAACCGGCCCGAUAAGCCAGAGUUCAUGCAGGAACUGCUGCGAACACUACCGGAUCUGCGUACGCUCAGCACGUUGCACACGGAGAAGCUGGUAGUGUUCCGAACGGAGCAUAAAGAACUCCUACGGCAGCACAUGUGGAACGCUGAAGAAGAUCUCGCAAAGAGUCCCAGCUCGAACACGUGGAGCUGCGACGGCAAUAAUGUCGAGGAUGUAGCCAAGAGUCCGAUGAGCUCGGUAUCCAGUACCGAGUCGGCGGAAACAACCUCGGACUACUCGCAUAUUCCUUCCUCGUUGAGCGCUUCGGCGCCUCUGCUGGCCGCUACCCUGUCCGGUCAAUGCCCUAUCCGCCAUCGGGCGAGCAGCGGUUCGUCGGCAGAAGAUGACAUCAUUGGUGGUACGGCCCAUCUCGCACAGAACGGAUUGACCAUCACACCGGUUAUCCGAUCGGUUGGAACACAUCACGUCCGGUACCGGAAACUAGACUCACCCACCGAUUCCGGUAUCGAAUCUGGAAACGAAAAACACGACCACAAACCAGUCAGCAGUGGAUCGUCUUCUUGCUCAAGUCCGCGAUCUUCCCUAGAGGAUCAAUCGGACGACAAGCGUCACAUCGUGGAAAACAUGCCCGUGCUGAAGCGGGUCUUGCAGGCACCUCCCCUGUACGAUACCAACAGCCUGAUGGACGAAGCCUACAAACCGCACAAGAAAUUCCGUGCAAUGCGUCACAGGGAAAGUGAAGCCGAGCCUGCUCCAAGUUCGUCGUCCUCUACAAUCACUCUGUCAUCACAUUCGCCGAAACCAUCGUCCAGCUCUUCGCCAUCUUCGGUGGUAUCGUCACACAGCAGCAGUAUGGGUCAAUCACCUCCGCAGCAACCCCUUUCGCAGCUUCAUAUGCAUUUAACCCGACCGUUGAAUCAGUCACCACACCAAAGCCUUCACCACCACCAUCAUCAUCACCACUCGGGAACUCCUCCCGCUAGCCAUCAUCAGUCGUCUUCCCUAUCCAGCACCCAUUCGGUGUUGGCCAAAUCCCUCAUGGAGCAACCCACGAUGACUCCGGAACAGAUGAAACGUUCCGACAUCAUCCACAACUACAUCAUGCGAGAGUCGCAGCAAUCUCAGCACCAUCCCGAAGCGCAGAGUUCGUACCGGAGUGGUCUCCUAGUUUGCAGCCCACGAUCCUCAUCGGUCUCGCCACUGACCUCCAGCAGUAGCAGUAGCAGUAACUCAUCCUCCUCCGGCAGUGGUUGUCCAUUCUCAGCCAAUAGCAGCAGCAGCAGGUGGCAGAGUGGGCCGACAAGCGUUAUCACCACCACCCGCCAGCAAACUCCUUCUCCAUCGCUCAAUUCCACCGGAAGUGCCGAUACUUCCUCCUCUUCCAGUACUGCCAGCAGCAGUACUAGCAUCCGCUACUUCCAGUCACCACAUUCGACAUCGAUCUCCCCACCGGUGGCCGUCAUGGCCCAACAAGCCAGCAGCACAACCACCGGAUCCAUUGGCUCCCCUCAGUCCGUGGUGACGGCACCCUCUCCCUCCCCUCGCCUCAUCGAGCUUCAAGUGGACAUCGCUGGCGGUUCCACUUCCUCCGGCACCACCGAUGCCCCCCUCAACCUGUCGAAAAAAUCCCCCUCGCCUUCCCCAGCUCGCCACCAAUCAACCUCCUCGUCCUCCACAGCCACCAUCCAUAAGGUGCUAUUGGAAGCGUAAGCCACGCCCACCACCAUUACAACAACAAAAACUACUACUACUACUAAGUGAUCGACAAAAAUGAACUACUACUAAACAAAACAAGCCGUUUAAAGAGGCAGAUCAGUUUACACAACUGUACAAAGUUUAACAUAGUAAGAGUAGUGACUAUUGCUAGGCGGUACGGAUUUAGAAUUUUAUAAAUCAGAAAGCGGACGCGCGCCCCACGCUCCCCUCAGGCGGAAGGACCCAUCGUGUGCAAAUCACUAAGAAGAGCAUUGAUAUUUUACUAAGCAAACCUAAAACCUAAAAAAAAAUGAAACAAACGAGGAUCUCUAUUUUACCUCCUUCCACCAGAUGAGAGGGGGCACGUGGCAAAGCGCGCGGGCUGCGCCAUCUGAGGAGUGGUUUAAGGAAGAGCGAGCUGGCCGGCUGGCUGGCCAGGAGCAACAAUCAGAUUCCCUCCCGAAGAUUAUUUCCGAGCGAAAACUGUGCGAUGAGAUGCAUGUUCGUGUGUGCAUAUGAGAUGUUAAUAAUCAUCGAAAAAACAAGCCAAACAGGAAGACAUUGCGUUUUUAGUGGUUAGGGAGGAAACACACUGACAUAAAUCAUGGUUGAAUUCAAUCAGAGUACUCAGACAGGCAACGUAGCGGGAGAUGAACCAAUCGAUGAAUUUAUCAAGGAAAACCUAUCAGGCACACAUCUAGGAAAGACAGAGAGUAGAUUUGAAAGCUGCAUAGCAUUCACACUUUGAUACGAUAUCUAGGAAGGAACGCGAGAGUUUGCAAGUUUGUGUUUUGCGCUGUAAAUAGUCGUGACAAAGGAAUUCCAAAUUUUUACCAAACGCGAUCCCACUUGAAGGGGAAAACGUGUCGCAUGCAUGCAUGAGAGGAUCAAAACUAGAAAGCAGGAGCUGAAGAUUAACUUGAAAGUGAGAUCAGAAAUUGUUUUUAAGCGGAAGGGAUUAUAUAGCCUGAUAAGGGGAAAAGCAAGCAACAAAACCGUACUUUAAAAAAAAACCGAAACCAACACAAAGGAAGCAUGAAAUUAUCAAUCCGUUCUAAUUUUAGUUUCACACAGAUGAGAGUCGAGCAGAUGUUUGCAAUCUACUUUUAAUUAAAAGUACAGAAAAGAGAAAAAAAAAGCCAAACGAUGACCUUGAGUCGCCGCUUUGGAAACAAAAAUCAAGCUGAACAUUGUAAAUAGUGUAAUUAGACUAUUAUCCUCUUUUUAAUUAAACGUGCAGAUUUUUAUUUAUUGAAACAUUUGCUUAUUAACAUUCUUAUUAUUCUUUAUUAAGUGUCCUUUAUGUUUUCCAAAACUUUUGUAAAUAGCUAAUCAAAAGCAAAAUCGUUAAGGUUAAAAACAAAAAAACACAUACACACGAGACCAAGUUUUAAUUUAAAAUAAAAACCAUUUUAAUUGAGAGAGUUAGUUUUUUCGUAUCACCUAUUAUUAUUAUUUUUAUGAAAGCAAAAUCCUUUAUCAAAACUAAAGCAUAAGAAUCAAUGUUUUAUAAGAAGAAAAAGGAAGAAAACAUACAAGAAAUGAAUUAAGUUUGAAAUUUUUGGAUGAAUGCACGGGGCCGUAUGCAAACAAGGAGUGUUUUAUCAAAUCUAUACUUCUACUGAAGAUGAACGAACGAGCAGCGUGAAUGCGAUCAAAAUGGAUAAUAACAAGAUACACGAAAAAACAGACAAACAAAUCGUCAAAACAUGUGCAACAGUAAUAAGGAAAAAACAGAAAGAAAACACUACAUGUAUAAGGAAAAAAGUUUCUAGGUUUAGGAUUAUAGCUGUAUAACAUUGAAAAAGAGAAUAAAGAGAAUGAAAACAAAAAAAAAUCAAUUGAAAUUGAGAUAAAAAAAUACAAUACAUGAGCAAGAAAGCGAAUGAGAAAAAUCCAAAACAAAAAAAGAGCAAAAAAAUAUCCCCAAAUUCAUAUUUAAUUGUAUCGACAAAAACCCAAAACCGAACCCCCUAUAACACACUACAUGGAUGAAACACAACGCAAAACGAUAAUAAUGAGUAAACGCUGUCAUUGAGACGGAAAACAAAACCCGGAGCAAAUCAGAGCAGAACAGAAAAAAACACAAACAUAUGUAGAAAACAAAACUACGGAUAGAUUGAGAGAAC